ACAGACGACGCCUUCAAGUCUAGCUGCACGUACACGAGAGUGGAGUUGGAGUCGUCGGCAAAUUUCGUGGCGCUUUUUCGGUUUCUGGCAGAACGGCAGCAGAGUCUGCCCCAAAAUUGUGAUACAAAAAUUUCCCACCAAAUUCAAAUCUAAUGCUAAGUGUAUGAAUCCAAUAUAACACUGUCGUACAAGAAGAGGUUAUAUUUAGUCGAUAAGAAAGUGCCCAACAAGUGCGGGUAUCCAAAAGAGAAACGAGUGAUACAAAUCAAAUAAAAUAAAAUCAUAAAUCAAAUCCAAAAUGAUGCAGCACAGUGCUUUGGUUCUGUCCACCAUCCUGAUCGUCUCCUGUGGAGCGGCACUCGCCUGCAAUGGAAAGAUAAUUGCAUCGGGCAUCACGGCGGAAGAGAGAUCAAUCAUCAUGCAGGAACACAACCGCCUCCGGCAGCUCGUGGCCACCGGACGCUACCCGGGCCAGCCAGGAGCGGAGAACAUGCGCGAGAUCGUCUGGGACGACGAGCUGGCGGCCAGGGCCCAGAAGUGGGCCGAUAACUGCCAGUUCCGUCACGAUCCGCACCGCACAAUAAAUCGCUUCACCAUGGGCCAGAACUUGGCCAUUAUCUGGAGCACGGCGCCGCUGGACGCCGACGACGGGGACUUCCCCUCCCGCAUCCAGAGCUGGUUCAACGAGGUGCAGAAGUACUCCUUCGGCGACGCCUGGUCCCCCAAGACGGGCCACUACUCGCAACUCGUCUGGGGCGAGACGAGCCUAGUGGGCUGCGGCUACGCCGAGUACAAGGAUGCCAGCAAGUACAACAAGCUCUACGUGUGCAACUACGGGCCGGGUGGCAACGUUGUGGGAUACAAUCCCUAUGAGGUGGGGAAACCGUCGUGCUCCACCUACGGCAUGAAGCCCUCGUCCAAGUACCAGGGUCUGUGCGCGGCACCCGGAGCAUCACCGGCGACCAGCAACAGCGUCUACGGAGGCAACACCAUUGAAACGUAUGAGUACAGCAACGGCAACAGCAACACAAACAGCAAACACAAUAACAACCAGCCGACUAACAACAUUAACAAGAGCCAACCCACCUACAACCUCAACCGAUUCUACAAUAAUCCCAAACAACCCUCUGCCAACCCCCUGUCCCCCUAUCCCACCCACCCACAGGCAGCGGCGGCAGCGACGUCCGGCGGCAGCUCGUUUGGCACCGCCUCGCGCGGCGGCAGCCACGCCUACACUACUGAGGCCAGUCAGCGGCAGCAGCAGCGCCAGCCGGAGCCACCGGCGCUCCAGUCCGGCCACUACAAGCACAAACUGGAGGCGUACCGCCCCUCUGCGGCCGAGUUCGAGAAGUCCGUACACAAGCAUACCAUUCUACGCACCUAUAUAGAGCAGGCGCAGGCUGCGAACCAGAAUCGGCAGCAAACGCAGGCAGAGGCGGUGGCACAAGCGGAGGUAGAGCAGCAGCAGGAGCAGGAGCAGACUGUGGCAACUAGCACACGGAAGCCGAGCCGCGGCUGGAGCCUGUUGACGUGGCGUGGCUGAAGGCUGCCAUGGAGAAGAAUGUCUGUCCCCCCCACUCGUAUGCCGCACAAUGUAUUAGGCCCGCGCCCCCAUUAAUAGCUACUAUGUAGUGCCAUUAGAAAACCACUGAACCACCAUCAUCGAUUCUGACCCCACCUAGCCUUAGCCAAUUGUAGGUUCUUAUUUAAACAUGCACUCUAUGCCCCACAAUCACAGUUCAGACAACUGCCAUACGACAAUCCCGAAUUCCUAGUGCUGUAACCGCUGUGUAAAUUAUUUAUACCGAAAAUUGUACGAAUUUUGGCUGCCUGUAAGCUCACCAGAAGGCGGAGGAGGUCGGUUCACCCAGACGAAUGUUUGUAUCAAAUGUUUGCUACCCCCUAAACUGUCAUCCUGUUAACCAAUCGAUCGGCAUUCAACAUCAAUCAGCUAGUUGUAGUAUUGUGUUCAAGCAAAUAAAACAAGAAUAUUGAUUUGUAA